UCUUCUCGCGAGACCUGACGGCCGCGAGCCGCGGCGGUGCCUUUCUGAGCCGCCGGUGGCAGCAGUGGGGAGCUUUUAUGGUGCGGUCUCCUUCGUGAAGUGGUCGACGGUGAAGAAAAUCAUCGGUAACAGCGCAAUCUAAACGAUGUCCCUUGGAUCAUGGGCCAAACCAUUUGCAUCUGCUCUCGCGGGACGAUCACUAUUGAUAAUAAGCGCUACUUCUUUAUCCAGAAGUUGGACGAAGGGGGAUUCAGCUAUGUGGAUCUGGUGGAGAGUGUUCAGAAUGGCAAGUUCUACGCCCUGAAGCGCAUCAUCUGCCAUGACAAAGAAGAUCGCAAAAAUGCGCUUAAUGAGGUGGAAAUGCAUCGGAUGUUCAACCACCCAAACAUCCUGCAUUUAGAAGCUUACUGCAUCAUGGAUAAAGGUCCAAAGUGUGAGGGCUGGCUUCUGCUGCCAUAUAUUAAGGACUGGGCAGCCCAGCGUUGCACCAUAUCGUACCGAGCUCCUGAACUCUUCAACGUGGCAAGUCACUGUAUCAUAGACGAGCGCACAGACAUUUGGUCCCUAGGCUGCGUGUUAUAUGCUAUGAUGUUCCUAGAAGGACCAUAUGAUGGCAUCUUUCACAGGGGAGAUUCUGUUGCGUUGGCUGUGCAGAAUGUAAUAACCAUUCCAGAAGGCUGCAGGUAUACACAGGCCCUGCAGCAUCUGCUAACUUCUACAAUGGUGACUAACCCCCAAGAGAGACCAAAUAUUACCUGGGUCCUGAAUCAAACCAAACAAUUACUGCAGAUAGAAGCUGUCCAGGAGACUAAAUUGGCCUGAUCUCAGCAGCACAGAUACUGCUACAAGUGCUCGGGUUUCUCAGCUAUCAGACCAUGGACGCUGCUGUACAAAGCAAAAGCCUACUAUCAGCAACUGCAGCAAUGGACCGGGACAGAACCUUUACGUGUUCAUUUUGCUCCUGAAUUGUUUGUGCUUGGCUCGAAGUUGAAGGGCAGGGAGAAAGAAUUGCAUGUUCUUUUUCCUUUUUUUUCCAAAGGCAAUCAGCUGCUCAUUUUGCUCCAUUACCUCUUCCUGUGCUUUUUCACAUUCGUGCAUUUGAAUCAGUCUUUGUCCACCAAAUCCACAACCGCCUUCUUUCUUAUGUUGAAGAACGUUGGAACAUCCUGGAUAGUUUUACUCCUUUUGAGGCAAAAAGGAGGUGUGGUGUGUGUUGGUAAAUAGUUUCUUGACCAUACAUUGAGUGUAUUUUAAUGAGGGUAGAGAUUGCCAUUGCCUGAAAUGAUGUGUUCACCAUCUACCUUCAGUCUGGUGGGAAAUCUUUGUCAAUCGUCUUCCUCCAGAAAGAAUUUUAAAUCAUAUCUCAGUAGCCAGGUGGCAGCAAAUUAUCCAAGAUUGCGUAGCAUGUUCUUAACCACAUAUAGCGACCAGCCAGAAUGAAGAUUGAGUGAUGUUCUUCUUUCCCUCCCUCUUUUUGAUUUGCACCCCCCCACCCCCAUCCUGUCAUUGUAAGUCUCUUGAGUUGAUUAUACCCAAGAGGUUUGUUGUAUAGCUAUCCCCGAUAUCACUGCAUCUUGGUGGACGGAUGUUGCAGUUGUACUGGAGAGAACCUGUUAACUGUAAUCUCUUUUAAGGCACUGAACUCCUUCCUCCUGCUGCAAGGCUGAUGCAGUGGUGUUGGUAUUCACUCUGCUUGCUCUUUCAUGAUGCACCAAUUUCAGCUGAGCUGUGCAGAGCUGACAAGUUGGCAAGAAAGUACUGAUACAGAGGUGGCCUUGUACUUGCACAGUCAGGGGGCCAGGUGUGAUUCCUGUCUUGUUGUACUGCCAUUUUCAUGCUUGUGACUGAGAGGACUACCUUGAUAAUCAGAAGUCAUGUCAGCAGUGUGUGUAAUAACUUUUUUUGUUAACCUGUCAUGUUGCAACAUCACCUUGUCCCAUGUGCCCCCAAACCAGCUUGCAAUGUUCUUUAAAAUAUGCUGUUAAUAUUGCAGUUUGAGCCUCAGAUUCUUUGUAGGUACACCUUUGUAUCUCCACUAUCCUUUCUGGAAAACCAUCAGGGAGGCUGGUUCAUCCUGACCGUCUUUUUUCAAUGUUUCUCCACUGGCACCCAAAGUUGAACACUUGGGAAUUGCAAACUGGGUCUGCUUCUCAUCAACCUUGUCCUUGACCUUCCCAAAAAUAAUGGAGUACCUUCAUCUACUGAUGACCAAAGUACCGUGUGUAUCUUUUGUUGAGUCAUUGAGUUGAAGUUAACCCAGGCUCCGUCAACUGCUUAGAAAUCUCAAAAUUGUUCCUUCCCGUGUCUUCGACAGGAAAUAAAAACUGAUCAGGAAUAAACCGAAUAAAUCUUUUCCUUAGUGCCUCUUUGCCCAUUUAGGGGAUCGUUGAUUCUCAUUCCAUCUCUCUGGUCAUUCAUUUUAGUGCCAGCUUCCUUAGACCUCUUCAGACCAGUGCAGGGAAAUAAUAGAGGGAAAGAGAUGAUAGAGUAGCUAUGAUUUUUCAUCUACAACAUCGCAGAAUAGUACAGUACAGAACAAGGCUAUUUGGCCUAUUUAAUUCCUGUCGGCUUUCGAAGAGCACCUGACUGCACCUCAUCAAAGUGGACAAUCCUUCUGGAAAUAAAAAAUCCAUUCAGUCACCAGCUCAGCACAUGAAGGUUUUUAUUCACUUCUGCAAGUGGAACUGUGAACCCGCAUGACCUCUUCGAUGAAAACCCUUUGUCAUGGUUAAUGCUUUGGUUCAUGGUCAGAGUGCUGGACUUCUGCAUGACUGGUAUGAUAAUGAGUGUCUUCCUUCCUCUUCUCUACGCCUCUCAACUGUAACAAUUCAAAGCCACAAUAUUCAUGGUGAAUCUACAAAAACAAAUCUGGAAUAAUUUUAGGAAGAGUGAGGAGAGAGGACUGAUUCCUGUGCUGGUGUUCUUUUCCAGUUUUCCUAAUGAGUAAAAGUAACAUUAGAUAAUUAGAUGGCUUCCCACUUUCCCAAUGUGCUUCCCAACAUGAUACAGUAAAACGACUGAUAAUCACCAGAUGAGAAUUUUGUUCAGACCAUGGUCACACGAAGUAUUCCAGUACUGGAAAGCUAAAUCACCCAAAAUGUUGGCACUACAGUUAGCAUUUCACGUUGAUAACCUUUCGGCCCAACUCCAAGGCCAAAUAGGAACAGCAUAUAAGCAAGUACUAAAGGAUAAGGAAAUAGCCGGGGAAGCCUACGCCAUCAUACAAUAGUACAGCACAGAAGGAGGCCAUUUAGUCCAUCAGAUUCCUGCCAACUUUUGUGAAAAGUAAUCCAGUUUGUCCACUGUCCUGCUCUCAUACUUGGAAGGGAAAAAAUAUGCUGGAGUUUUUAACAGGUUUAUUUUUGAAGGCUACUGUUGAAUCUAUUCACUAAUUGCAUUACAUCUGUGCUGUCUGGUGUGGAUCUUUCAGCCAUUACAACUAGUUUUUCUUAACUCCUACCUCCACAAUGUUAAACAUCUCUGUGAUAUCACCUCUCGGUCUUCUCUGCUCGAAGAAGAACAACAACCCCACAAUGUGCUAAUGAUUUAGAAAUCAAGUAUCACUUUUUUUUUUGUGUGAAAACAAAAUGCCGAGCAGGAGAGCAAACUUAUCAGAACCUGAAUGUAAACGUAGCUCAGCAUUUGAGAUUUGACCUGCUUUCUCUUUGUCUGUGCUGUGGAGUUGGGGAGGGGAUGAGCAGUUUUGCGUUUGUUGCAUUCUCUGAAGGGGCGUUUUAUGGUUCGUGGUGACAUCCUCCCUGAAUGACUAAUGGGUGUGUGUUAGAUUACGAGAGGCUUUUUGCCUUUGAGGGGGAAGUCCUUGUGAGAGGUAUAAAAAAUAACGUAGACAGUCAAUAGGUAACACUGAGUCAUAAGCAUUGGACAUGGAUGCAUGUUACCUCUUUGUUCUUUGUGUAGGGAGAGACUUGAUGUAUGGAAUGCACUUUCUGGUGGGACCCUUAAUCGACAUGGACAAUCUUUGUUGGGGUCUGCUUGGUAUCUCUCUUGUGUCAGCUUUGCUCAGUUGGCAGCACUUGCAACUUUGGAGGUGGUCUCUAGCUUUCUAUUCUGUUCUAAAAUCUUAAGCACGUCAUCUAGGCCGGCAGUUCAGAUUGUCUCUGUUGGCUUUGUCCUCCAGAUAUAAAAUAUCUGUCUGCUUAUUGAAGCAGGUUUUGUAAUUUUUGACUUUUUAAAAUAACACUAUCAUUUUAAUAUGACUGUUUUUGUUCAGGCAACUUUAAUUUCAAUAUGGCUGUUGCCCAGAUAGCAACAACUAUUGCCCCUCCAUUUGUACUCCGCGAGUUGUUAUGAUCUGGAAUGCAGUGAAGAGAAAGGUGGAUGGAGCUGAUUUUAUUAGUAACUUGCAAAAGGGAGUUGGAUCUGUGCUGCUAAAAUAGCCAUUUCAGAACUAUAGAGAAUAAGCAGUAAGUGUGAUUAAUUGGAUAAGUCUACCAGAGAGCUGGCACAGGUACAGUGGGUCAAAUAGCCUCUUUCUCUUCAUAAUGUGGGAGUUGGUCAUCUCAAUUGGCUGUAGGGCUGCUUUGCAAUGCAGAGUGAUGCCAACAGCGAGAGUUCAGUUCCUGCGCCAGCUGAGGCUGCCAUGAAGGUCCUCCCUUCUCUACCUCUCCCCUCACGUGAGACGUGGUGACCCUCACGUUAAACCACUACCAGUUCUUCCCACUUCUGCUCUGUCACUAAUGGGAGAGCAGCCCAUGGUCUGGUAAAACUAUGGCAACUUUGCCUUUUUACUUCAGAGUGCUGCUAAAUUUGUGAAGUGCUAAUAUAUUCACAGCUAUUUAGCAGUAUUAUAAUAGUAGGUCUUUUUCAGAAACCUGUUCAUGAAUCAAAACAGUUGAUUACGGUGAAAGAUCCCAAGAAUGAAGAAAGAGUAAGCAAGCACGUGCCCUUUAUUAAGCUAAUGUAUAUAUUUUUUCCAUUUAGCAUUUUGCUUUUCCUUUGUGAAGCUAGAAUCAAACCGUACCAGAAAAGCCUGUCCAAUUUAAAAUGAUUUACUACAGUUAUGUUUAUCAAGUAAGUUAUUAAUUUGAAUGUGCUGUCUAUAACCCAGCAGCCUGAUCUCAUUUGUUUGGUGUCUGCACAAAAUGACCAUCACGUGCCAGUAUUUCCCUGCAGGAAACAUUCAAAAUACAAGAGGAUGCAAAAUGAAUUACAUAGUUUUAGGCAUCAUUUGUUUAUCAUAGGUUGCCCAUAGUAAUUAAUAAGCAAUUUCAUUCCAUAACCUCAACUUUCACUUUUCCUGAAACUGAUUAAAUUGAUGAAAUGAUUAACUUGAUGUUGGUGAGCAUCUAUAUGGGACUUUGGUCUCAUUCUGUACCACGUGCUCUACACCUGAUCCACUGAUGCCCUGUGUUUAUUACACAGUUUCAUCUGCGGCCUAACUAUUUGUGCAUGUUAUCAUUUGUACUCCAAUCUAGUUAUUGGGUUACUUGUGUGUUCAUAAGAUGCAGUGGUUAGUCUUACAUGAACUGGUGACCAUUAACUGUGUGACUGUUGAUUCCCUGGUCUGUGUGGUGGCUUGUUGUCUGCAUGAUACCUUUAUUCUUCCCCAUGUUUGAGAUUUAGUUUAGUCCUCCAACUCCAUCCAUUUCCCACCGCCCCCCACCCCCCACUCAAUUUUAAAGUAUAAACCGUGCGAAGUGGUGAGAAUGGUGGAAGGGAGAUUGAGAUCUGCAAUGAAAAGCAGGAAUGCAUUCGGCUUAGUCAGGAACCUCCUGGUUAAGUGUUUACGGGACAUUCUGGCCUAGACGUUAUCUGUUUAUGUGCUUAACUAGAUUUGCUGUACAAGUUAUUGAAUGAAGGCAUAUUUCUGAUGGGCGUUCCUCUUGUGUCUGUGCUUGCCAUGUUUGUCCUGAGUUACUUUCUUCUUCACUGUUAACACUUUUUUUAAAUAAAAGAGCAGUGGGGUUUGGGGGGGGAGCGAGAACUAAAUGUUAAACAUUUGUACGUCAGCAGCCCAUAAUCUGGCACCGUUGAGCUUUGUUGUGGAUUGCUAAGCAUAUGUUUAAUUUGUCUCCAUGUGGAAAAUGAAAGACUGGACAUUGUUGGAAAUCACCCCUCCAAAGUUUAACACGUUAAUUUUUGAUUUCACACACGUCUCUUCUGUUACAGUUGUGUUUUUUUAAUCUAUUGUAUCAAAAGCUUAAUCUAUUGUGAAUUUUUGCACAACCUUCUGGAUCUGAGAUUAUAAAUGUCUCAUCUGUGAUAAAUUGAUACUACAAAGGGGCCUUUACUGAGCCAGAGUGGUGAGAAUUGCUCUUUGUUUUACUAGUUUGAAAGUGAUUCAGUAAUUCUUCCCACACCUUGGGUUAAGGGCUGAGAUACCCAACUCCCUGUUACACUCUCCCUUUUAUUGUGACCUUGCUGUUAACAUCCUUGCUGCACAGCAGACCAAUUAUGUAAUCCUUGCUCUCGAGCAAGGCAGAUAUUGCCCGCCUUGUGCAGUGUGUAUGUUUAAUGUAAUAACACAAGUAAUUCUCUACACUCUUGAAGUAGCUACCAGUGUGGUUUAGUAUUGGCAUUUAACUUUAACUCUCAGUACGGUUGCAGAUUACAUCCUGAGAGGAAAAGGAUUUUUUUUUUUUUUAAUCCUCCAAUCUGUUUUAGUUGUUUACAGUUUGUUUUAAUCAUAGUUUCUGUAUUUCAUUCUAGAGAUAUGGAGAAUUUAAAACGCAGCAUUGUUUUGCACUUUAUUCAGUAGUGUGUGUCUUCUUUUCAUCCUGUGAAAGUGGCUCCAUUACUAAGAAGUGAAACAAAUCUUUGUCUUCAUAGACUGAUCUCUGCAGAGUAGGAAGCCAUACAGUAAAUCCAGCAGCAAGCAUAGACCAGGUGCUGAAGAUGAUCAGAGGGGUUAAAUGAGGGCUAGGUAGGUAGAAAAUAAUUCUUCUGGUAGCAGGAGCCCAGAGCAACGGGUGAUAGCUUUAAAAUUAGUUGAAGGUCUUUGGGAGUGAUGUGAAGAAGCCCUCCUUCACGCAGAAUGUGCUAAAGAUCUGGGACUCCACGUACACACAGACAGAGACACGAAUGCAGAUAUACUGGAAAAAUAGUAAUCAAAGUGGAUAGAUUUAUUUUUGGGGUUGUGGCUACGUUGGGAAGAUGGAUUUAUGACAGAGCGGACAGGCUGAACAAGCCCAAAGAGUUGGAUGCCACUACGCCACAGCCUCCCCUUGUAGGCAUAGUGUCACUGCACUAGUAAUCCAGAACCACCGGUCGAUGUUCUGAGGAUGUGCAUUCGAAUCCCACCAUGGUAGAUAUUAGCAAUUUGUAAUUCAAUGACAAUCUGGAGUAAAAAGUGUAAAAGUGACCAUGUAA